AUGGCAAAUACAAUAUAUGACAAAGAAAAAAAUCUUAAGUACGACGAUCACUGCUCAAGGUCAAGGGACGGAUCACCAAAACUACCCGCCGACUUUGCUAUAAAUACUCCAACUCAGCCCCUGCGCGCUAGUAAAGCGUUGAGAUUUCGGUGCGAGUGUGAGGGCCGCUUUAUGGGUAUACUGUUGGGCCAGAUUUCGACACCAAAUUUGAACACCUACCCCACCAUCGAAAUUGUCGGCUUCAAAGGACGCUCGACUGUAGUGGUCUCGUGUGUGACCAAGGAUGCGCCAUAUCGUCCGCAUCCAUACAAUCUGGUGGGUAAAGAGAAUUGUAAAAAAGGUGUUUGCACUGUGGAAAUCGACUCUGACACAAUGUGUACCGCAUUCGAAAAUUUGAGCAUACAAUGUGUUAAAAAGCGUGAUAUAGAGCAAUCCUUGCGUCUUCGUCAGAAUAUCCGCGUCGAUUUAUUUAGGACGGGAUUCGCACACAGUUCCAACCUGUCAUGCCACGAACUCAACUGCGUACGUUUGUGCUUUCAAGUAUUUCUGGCAAAUGAAAUGCAGCAUUACACAAUACCACUGCCGCCUGUUGUUUCCGCGCCCGUAUACAAUAAGAGAUUCGUGCCAGAUCUUAAUAUUGUAGCUAGACGAGUUAAAACGAAAGCGUCCAAAACUCAAUAUAGAGGCCUUACCAAGCCUUGA